AUGGCGAAAAACACAAGAACGAGUGAAAGAAAAUGCAGGAAGAACAUCGCGACAUUGUUGUCGUUGAUGGGUUUUAAAGAUGAUGACCCUGAAGCUACUGUCAAGACCAUGCGUGCAAAGUUACGCGAGAUUGCAGAAAGGACUAAUAAUAACUUCAAGAAACCCGAAUACUCACCAAGUAGAAAAAUUAAACUAAAGUGUGGUGGAAAAACUACAAUGUUUUCUCUUAGACCAAAACCGCAAUCUUCUAAAACAGCCCUAGUUAUUGUUUCUAAUAGUAAUAAUGUUGAUCAUAAUAUGGAAUCGAGAGAUUUAAGAAACAUCGAUAGCCCUAGCUGUUCAGAGGCACUGAUCAAGGAUAAUGUUGAUCAUGAUGAUGUGAGAAUGGAGUUAAACGACAAUGGGGAUAAUAUUGCGGAACUUGGAAAUUCAAGUAACACAAUUAAUGUAUGUCAAGAAGAAAAUUACCCACGACUUCCAAGUCGCAUUAAGGAUUUGAUGAAUUAUUUUGUAACAAGUAUUGGGGGUUCAAGAUUUAAGUUGGUGAUCCAGAAGAAGCUUACCACGUCAGACGUGACCAAGAGCCAGGGCCGGUUGUUAAUACCCACAGCAAACGUAUAUAAUUGUGGGAUGUUGAAGGAAUUUGAGAAAAGGAAACUUGGAGCCGGAAAAGAUAUAAGCGUGCCUGUGUUUGACCCCAAAAGGCGCGAAUGGACACUGAAUUUCACACGAUGGAACAUGAAUAAGGAAGUCUAUGUGCUGAAAACAGGGUGGAAUGAUAUUGUGAAUACAAAUGGAUUGGAGGAAGGUAUGGUGAUUCAAGUUUGGUCGUUUCGUGUUAACCAGGAACAACUUUGCUUUGCACUUGUUCGUGUUUGA